AUGGUCUCCGACAACGCAGAGAGCGUGGGAGCGAGGGGGUCGGAAGCAGGAAACGUCACUGCAAACGAGCUGGAGGCACUGUGUCAUGGGAGAUUGGGCGACGCACUAGUCCAGGACAAGGACAAUGCGCAAGUACCCAGUCAAAGGUCAUUGUCUUCCCUCAUUGGCUCGCUAUGCUCCACCACCACCAGUUUUCCAGCUGCCCUACAGGCUACGCACAAAGAUUUUGCGGAAUUUGGUAUUCCGACAUCACAACUCCUUAUCGCCAACCGUGAAGCCGAUCAGCAGGUACGAGCAAUCGCCAAUCCUCAACGUGUUUUUCUUGCCGCACGAAGCAGCGGGAGGCCUCCGGACUCUACGGCGUCUCUCUCCUCAUCGCGCGAGCAUCAUCGUCGUCUAGAAGACCUGGAAACUGAUUGGGCCGACGCAGACAUGACGACGAAAGGAAAGAAGCCUGCUGGCAAGCCUCAGCGCUCCGCCAUUGCGGAUGUUGUCGCCCGCGAGUACACCAUCCACAUGCACAAGAGACUACAUGGUGUCUCCUUCAAGAAGCGCGCUCCCCGUGCCAUCAAGGAAAUCAAGGCUUUCGCCACUCAGGCUAUGGGCACCACCGACGUCCGCGUGGACCCUCAGCUCAACAAGAAGGUCUGGGAGCAGGGAAUCAAGGGUGUUCCGUACAGACUGCGCAUCCGAAUUUCCAGACGACGAAACGACGAGGAGGAUGCCAAGGAGAAGCUGUACAGCUACGUUCAGGCGGUGAAUGUCAAGAACCCCAAGGGCCUCCCCACGGUUGUCGUUGAGGAAUAG